CAUAAUAAAAAUAAACUUUCAUAAGCAGAAAUUCUAAACAAAUCCAUUUUCAAGGCAUCUAGAAACUUCAGCAAAAGCAAAAAAGUGUCUAAAAUGGACCUUUUUAAGAAGAUUCUCGGUUUAGAGGAAAAAGGAUGCGAUGGUAGUUGCAAAAACAACAAAACAGACAACAAAAAAUCGAUUGAAGACAAAUUCGGUUUCGGAUUGUUUGGCGACGCCGAAGAUUUCAGCGAAUUAGAUAAACAUAUCGAAGAACACAUGAAACAAGUGCUCAAAGCGUUAGAUGAUCAAGGACUAAAAUCUCAUAUGGAUAAAUUGCACGAGGAAAUGUUCAAGCUAAACAUCAGAGGACAAAUCAACAACGACGAUUAUCAGGAAAGUAUGGCAAAUGAGCUAAAUUCGUUCUUUGAUUCGAUGGUUCCUGCAACGGAAGUCCCGAAAAAAGAAGUUCCUCGAACAGACGAAGAGAAAUUUAUGGAUUUAAUUCACGAUACUGUUCAAACGCCUCCAAUUGCAGCGCCUCGUCAACCUCGUUCGUUACAACCUCGAGUAAAUACGCCCUUUGGCAUGCCCAAAUCCGGAGUCUUCGAUGGAAUGUCGUCGCCAAAUGUUUUCAGACAACGUACGAUCGUCACAACAAUUCGUCAACCCGAUGGAAGUUACGAAAUCAAGAAAGCAGUAACGGGUCAAGAUGGAGUAACGCAUGUAACGAUAACAAAAUCGGAAAAUGGGAAAGAAAUUACGAUGAAUUCAUUGUUGCCACACACAGAUCCGGAUGAAGGAAACAUCAAACCAAUUGUCGAGCUUGAUCGCACGCUUUAUGUCAACAAAGACGGAUACACAUUGCCACGAAACUUAUUUUGAGAAGAAAAACUGACGUGAUAAGGAGUUAAGGAAAAUAUUGCGUGCUUUAGUCCUCGAUCUUUAGUGUAAUUAGAAAGUUUUGACAAAAACAAUUAAAUUCCAAAAUAACAACAUUU